CAACACCGAAGUAUAGUUGUCUCCCCUUAAAACUUAAUAUAUAUAUUAUUAUUUUUUUUAUUUAUUAUUUAUUUAUUUUUUUGUUGCGUCCAGACAAUCUUAUAGAGGUAACCGUGUGAACCGUGGAAAUACGGUCUGUACAAAAAAAAGGCCAACAGCUAAUAUUGUUGCUGAACGCCUGACGAACCCUCAUUUGGAUAUACUAGUAUUAGUGGUAAAAGCAAAAGAAUAGGAACUCUAAUGCAGUCAAGUGAUUUAGUAAUGGAAAUGUGUUCCUCCAAUUGAACUGCUGCUUGUUUUUUUUUAACUUUAUAAUUCCGUUUUCUAAGAGAAUCUUUCUUUAACUUAGUUUAUAUGACUUCUUAAUUGUUGUAGUAGCAGAUAUUGUUUGCUGAUUUUUUUUGUUUUUGUUUUACUUCACGGAAGAACUUCCAAGUCAGGGGGUGACAAAAAAAAAAAAAAAAAAAUGCAAGCAAAUUCUAUCCUUCAAUUCAGGACCAUGCGCUGGUGUCGUAUACCACGUGCUGCGGCAAAGAUGUACUUUAUUUUGGUCGCCAUAUUUCUCACCUUGUUAUUCAUAAACUUUAUAAGAAAAGAUUCCACGACCUUUAAUAUAGAACAACUCAAAGGUUUUCUCCUGCACCAAGACCGAGAAUAUAGAGUGAGCGCUGGGAAACCGACUUUUAUUCAGGAUCAUCAGAGUAUGACAAAAAAGAACUAUGGUGCGAGUGAGGUGUCAAAAAAACCUGAAGAGCUCACUGAUACGCACUCUCAGUUCAAGAAUGAAACCGCCUCACGUGACAGUGAUGAGGCUCACGAUAUAAAAGACAACGAAAAGAACAUUCAAGACGAAAAAUCUGAUACUCCAAACACAAAGAGAGACGAUAAGAACGAAAUGGACGACAUUAAAAAUAAUGGAAACAACGAAAACAAAAAGCGCGAUGCUCAAGAAGCAAAGAAAGAGGAGGAGAAAGACGCUAAGUACAAUGUCACGCAUGUGGAAGAGGACGAUAAACUCAAAGGUGAUAAUGGCAGAAAUGUUGGUCGGUAUGAAAGGGACGAAGAAGCAACUGUAGACAACAAUCAGCAUGGAAAAGAUAAGGAUGAUCAAGGCACCAACGAAAAGAAAAACGAAAUCCAAGAUAAAAUUUCGCACAAAUCUCAGGCAGUCCGAGACGCUAACGAGUCUUCAGGAAAUGCCAAGCGAAAUGGAAAGGCGACAGACUCAAAUACAGGGAUGCUGACCACUCUUUUUCCAAGUAAGGCGCUGUCAUCGACAUUCAUUCCAAUGGAACCUGACACAGUACCGGUGGGACAGUCUCCUGAUAUCCCAAAGAGGUUCCUCAUCGAAGAGGCAGAUUACUGCAAGCGGCGACCCAAGUUGCAGAUCAUUGCGUAUGUUCACUCCUCCAUCUUGCGUGUCAAGCAACGAAAUGAAACCAGGAACAGCUGGGCCAGUGCCUCUGCCUACAACAUGGGUCCCAUGAAUGUCAGCAUCGGGGUCGUGUUCAUGGUGGGGCGUGCUAAGAACGAACUAGAACGUCUCAUAAUACAGGAAGAGAGUAAAAAAUAUCACGACAUUGUUCAGGGGGACUAUGGUGACCAUUAUCGUCUCCUGACAUACAAAAGUCUGGCUGGCCUCUAUUGGAUAAACCAACACUGCGCCCAUGUUCCUUGGACCCUCCAUUCUGAUGAUGAUACGCACAUUGAUAUAUUUCUGUACCACCAAACUCUUCAACAACUAGACGAGGGAUCGAAACAGAAAUUUAUAUGUAGAUACGUGUACGGCCCUGCUCUGAGGUAUGGCCGACAUAAGGUGAGAUACGAGGAGUAUCCGGCCAGGUACUACCCACUGUACUGCUCCGGUGGAGUGUGGUUCCUGCAGACAAGACUCAUCUCACGACUCUUCGAGGCCAGGAAAACCGUGCCUUAUUUGUGGGUGGAUGACGCUUACAUCACAGGACUUCUGGCCAGGAGGGCGGGUAUAGGACACCUACAGUUCCAAAGAUAUUACGGUGGACCACAUGUACAUCCACAAAAACUGGGAAAAGAAGUUGUAUGGUAUGUUAAAUUUGCUCCUCGUUCAGAGUGGUGGCAAAAAAUAGUUGACUACCAUAGGAACCAUUCCAUGCAGCAACCAGCCACUCUACCACAGUUUCAAAAAAAUAAAAAAAUAAAUAAAAUAAAUAAAAAAAAUGACAACCUAAAGAAAUUUACAUAAUGCUGUUCUCUCCUAUUGUUCACAGAAAUAUGUAGAAAAAAAAAAUUCUGAGAGAAAAUCAUGAAGUAAACGUAACGGGGUUCUUCCAUUAUGUUUACUUAUGACCGAAUAUCCUUUCGUAGCCAAGGCACCCAGGCCUAUAACAUUGCCCCCGAGGACACCGGCGUGAUCCCUCGUGAGGCUGCGUCACCCACUUACGUCAUCCCUGGUCAUGAACAGGACAGUGCCUCCCCUGAUGCUGAGGCACCCGAGCGCUGAGUAAAGGUGACUAAAGCCGUGUGGUUAAUGGUCCUAUUCGUAAUCAAUCUUACCAUAGUAGUGAUCAAGUCAAGAGGAGGCAGUAAACACUUGCCGAAACGAUAAUUACUCCCAGUGAGGUCUAAAGCACUGUUCAGGGGGUGCUGUGAACUUAUCAUUAAACCCAGCUGUGACCUCACUGAACGUUUCCCUUUGUGUCUCACAACACAAGGGGGCAGUCACAGCCUGCCCUCUAAAGACAACUCUCUUCCUCCACACAAAACUACAAGCACCAAAUAACACACACAUCCUUCACUCAAAAAUUUCAAAAUCAUCAUGGCGACUCCUACACCAGCCUCGGAGUCCCCAUCUGGGGAGGGAAUAAUAAAUGUUCCCAGGUCGGACUGCCUUUCUAUCGACGCCCCUAAGUGUCUUGACACCCCCCUCAACUUUUUCUUCAUUAACUUCUGCAACAUUCGCGGUCUAAGAUCUAAUUUUCAAUCUGUAGAACACCACCUCUCCUCUUCUAAACCUCAUCUUCUUUUCCUCACUGAAACUCAGGUGUCUGAGGCAACUGACAAUAGCUCCUUUUCUGUUCCCUCCUACUUUCUCUAUCCUCAUUUUCGAUACAAAGCUGGAUGUUGCAUUUAUGUGCGCAAUGACUUAACCUGCUCUCGUGCCCACACUCUUGAAUCUUCCGAGUUUUCCACCAUCUGGCUACGAUUACAGAGUCACUCUCAAACUAAAUUUGUCUGUGCUGUAUACCUCUCACCUAACUCUUCUGACUAUAAGAAAUUCUUUGACUACUUAACUUACAAACGGGAGCACAUUCUGACCCUCUUCCCUUUUGUAGAGAUCUCUAUUCUUGGAGACUUCAAUGUUCACCACUAGCUUUGGCUUUCCUCUCCCUUCACUGACCAUCCUGGUGAACUAGCCUUCAACUUUGCUAUCCUCCACGACCUAGAGCAAUUGGUGCAGCACCCUACUCGUAUUCCUAACCGUCUUGUAGAUACGCCCAACAUUCUUGACCUUUUCCUGACCUCUAACCCUUCUGUUUAUGCUGUCACCCUUUCAUCUCUGUUGGGCUCCUCUGAUCACAAUCUCAUAUCUGUAUCUUGUCCUAUCGCUCCAAUCCCACCUCAGGAUCCCCCUAAGCAAAGGUGCCUCUGGCGUUUUGUCUCUCCUAGUUGGGGGGGACCUGAGGAGGUAUUUUGCUGAUUUUCCUUGGAAUGACUACUGAGGUGAUAGUGUCUGGCAUGGAGGCGUACAUUCCUCACUCUUUUUCUCGUCCUAAACCUUCUAAACCCAGGUUUAACACAGCUUGUUCUCGUGCUAUACAUGAUGGAGAGAUGACCCACAAAAGGUAUUAAGCCUUCCAUCACUAGAAUCUCAUGCACUUUAUAUUUCUGCCCUGAACCAUACCAAGUCUGUUCUCCAACUAGCCAAAAACUCCUUCAUUAACAGAAAGUGCCAAAACCUUUCAAGAUCUAACUCCCCUCGUGACUUCUGGCGUCUAGCCAAAAAUAUCUCCAAUAACUUUGCUUCUUCUUCCUUCCUUCCUUUAUUUGAACCAGAUGGCACCACUGCUAUCACAUCUAUUUCUAAAGCUGAACUCUUCGCUCAAACCUUUGCUAAAAACACUACCUUGGACGAUUCUGAGCUUGUUCCUCCCUUUCCUCAACCCUCUGACUACUUCAUGCUACCUACUAAAAUUCUUUGCAAUGAUGUUUUCCAUGCCCUUGCUGGCCUAAAGCCUCGGUAGGCUUAUGAACCAAAUGGGGUCCCUCCUAUUGUUCUCCGAAACUGUACCUCCGUGCUUGCACCUUGCCUAGUCAAACUCUUUCAGCUCUGUCUGUCAACAUCUACCUUUCCUUCUUGCUGGAAAUCUGCCUACAUUCAGCCUGUUCCUAAAAAGGGUGACCGUUCUAAUCCCUCAAACUACCGUCCUAUUGCUUUAAUUUCCUGCCUAUCUAAAGUUUUUGAAUCUAUCCUCAACAGGAAGAUUCUUAAACAUCUAUCACUUCACAACCUUCUAUCUGAUUGCCAGUAUGGGUUCCAUCAAGGCCGCUCUACUGGUGAUCUUCUGGCUUUCCUUACUGAGUCUUGAUCAUCCUCUAUUAGAGGUUUUGGUGAAACUUUUGCUUUGCCUUGGACAUAUCAAAAGCUUUUGAUAAAGUCUGGCACAAAGCUUUGAUUUCCAAACUACCCUGCUACGGCUUCUAUCCUUCUCUCUGUAACUUCAUCUCAAGAUUCCUUUCUGACCAUUCUAUUGCUGCUGUGGUAGACGGUCACUGUUCUUCUCCUAAAUCUAUUAACAGUGGUGUUCCUCAGGGUUCUGUCCUGUCACCCACUCUCUUCUUAUUAUUCAUUAAUGAUCUUCUAAACCAAACUAUCCACUCCUACGCUGAUGAUACCACCCUGCACUUUUCCACGUCUUUUCAUAGACGUCCAACCCUUCAGGAAGUAAACAUUUCACGCAGGGAAGCCACAGAACGCUUGACUUCUGAUCUUUCUAAAAUUUCUGAUUGGGGCAGAGCAAACUUGGUAUUGUUCAAUGCCUCAAAAACUCAGUUCCUCCAUCUAUCAGCUCGACACAACCUUCCAGACAACCAUCCCCUUUUCUUCAGUGACACUCAAUUGUCCCCCUCUUCUACACUGAACAUCCUCGGUCUGUCCUUUACUUAUAAUCUGAACUGGAAACUUCACAUCUCAUCUCUAGUUAAAACAGCUUCUAUGAAGUUAGGUGUUCUGAGACGUCUCCUUCAGUUUUUCUCACCCUACCAGCUGCUAACUCUGUACAAGGGCCUUAUCCGUCCAUGUAUGGAGUAUGUUUCACAUGUCUGGGGGUGGGUUCCACUCAUACUGCUCUUCUAGACAGGAUGGAAUCAAAAGCUUUUCGUCUCAUCAACUCCUCUUUUCUAACUGACUGUUUUUAGCCUCUCUCUCAUUGCCGCAAUGUUGCAUCUCUAGCUGUCUUCUACCGCUAUUUUCAUGCUAACUGCUCUUCUGAUCUUGCUAGCUGCAUACCUCCCCUCCUCCCGCGGCCUCGCUGCACAAAACUUUCUUCUUUCUCUCACCCCUAUUCUGUCCACCUCUCUAACGCAAGAGUUAACCAGUAUUCUCAGUCAUUCAUCCCUUUCUUUGGUAAACUCUGGAACUCCCUGCCUGCUACUGUAUUUCCACCUUCCUAUGACUUGAAUUCCUUCAAGAGGGAGGUUUCAAGACCCUUAUCCUUCAAUUUUUGACUACCGCUUUGGACCCUUUUAUGGAACUGGCAUUUCAGUGGGCAUUUUUUUUAUUGGAUAUUUGUUGCCCUUGGCCAGUGUCCCUCCUACAUAAAAAAAAGUUACUACAAACUUGCUGACAUAUUUUACAGCCUACACAAGUCGAUGACCUCAAAAAAACUGACUCACUAUUAGCCUCAUUAAUGUACGAGUUAGAAGGACAUAGAAAAACUACACAUGUUCGUGUGUAAAGGUGGUCAAUCCUAGACUACCGAGACAUGUUUCCUACGAAUAACUAGUUAGAUUUUAAAGGAUUAACUCCUUAGGUAGCAAUGUAAAUAGGUCGACGUUGCCGUCGUCAAAAUUAAAUGUAAGGCGAAGCAGCGAACGAUUCUCUCAGACCUUAAAUAGAUUCCAAGAGUGGAGUGUUACAAGUUUCUGGAGGGUGCUCACACUCUGCAGCACCAUGAAGCUCCCAGUCGUUCUCUGUCUUGUCUUGGUCGUAAGCAAUACUUAGAAGAUUUUCCCUAAGUGCCAUGUGUGUCUCGACUUAGUAUGUUGUUUCCAGUAUACAGUGGUCUCCAUAUAUUUUAUGUUAUUUUUCAUGUGUUGAUAUAAUACUGAAUCUCAAUGAAUGAUUUAAUAUCUUUUGUGGCACUUCGCAUGUAGUGCUAAUAUUUCAAUGUUGCAUUUGAGUAUUCUUUUAUGUGAUAAUAUUAUGUGUGCCUUUACAUGUUGAUGUGUUAUGUGUUACUGAAUGACCUGAGUUGGUCGAUAAAGCCCUGCUAAAGUAACGUGAAUAAUGACAUCAAGAUUUAUUGAAAGGCCACUCGAUGGUGGAGUUAUUGUCUUUUGUUGCCUGCGUGUGUUAUUGGAAUGUUGACUUUUCUGAACUGCGUUUGUGGCUUACCCCACUGUGAGAACUCCAGCCUUAACUCUCGGUUACCUGGACUUAAACUCUGAAGUGCUUGGUAUAUAAAUAAUUAGUGCAGUUCCUGCGUAGAUUCUGCUUUACCUUAAAGGUAAGUUGGAGGAUUACGACAAUCCUAAAAAAGCCAAGCUUUGGCAAGUAAAGUGAUGGUGAUAAUGAUGAAUAUGAUAAUGAUGAUAGUGAGGAUGAUGAUGAUGAUGGUGAUGGUGAUGGUGAUGAUGAUGGUGAUGAUGAUGAUGAUGAUUCUUGGUGCGUUCAUUGCAGGAUAAGACCCUUGUCACGUUGACUCGAAGUAUUGACUGAAUCAGUCAGACCUUGAGUACAUGAAUAAGUUCUUAUGAGGAUAGAAAAUAAACUGGUAACGUACAGCUUUAGCCUCAAAGAAACAAAAAUACAGAAUUAUAUCACUACACAGAAUUACUCAAGCUAGGACAAGCAUACUAAACAGAGAACUAUGUAGUGAAGACAUUCACAUGGUCUUUGAACUCCUGUAGGUAGGAUCACUCUCAACAACGGACGUCUGUUCGUGAUGUGUACUCACCAACACAAACUGUUCAUGACGUCUGCUCACCAACGCAGUAUAAAGAUUCUGGUUAAGCGCUCUGUGUGUGGAGUCUUUGACACUCUUUACUUAACCUCCAUUAACCCCAGCAGCAUAACAUCUUCCUAUCUUUUGCACUGCCUUCAUCUGCCCCUCCCCCCUUAUCUCUCUCUCUCUCUCUCUCUCUCUCUCUCUCUCUCUCUCUCUGCAAUAACACUUCUCCUGUCGGCCUUCGCACGAAAGUGAGAUUCAUGUCUGGCAGUCGCUUCAUGAUAUAGUUUCGUAGCUCUGCUACUUACACUUACAGGUCUGGGGCACCUCGCUUGGAGAGGGUUGUACCCCAAGGUCCCCACUAAUCCUGACUCCCUGAUGUCUGCAACCUCCUCUAAGAAAGUUUCGUAAUUGGGCUUCAGGGCACUGAACCCCAUGGUUCUCUCCUUAAGCUUCUGUACUUAGUUGUCAUCGCUCGUUAUCACCCCCUAGUUAUGUUGAGGAACGACGUUCCCUUGCCUCUAACGUAGCCAUAGUAGGUAUUCCUUGAUCCGUCCCUUCCAGAAUUGGUUAGAAUUUGAACAUGGUUCCAAUUUCGCCUAUACGUCUUAUUUAUGACUGAUUCCUUCCAUGUAUGUAGUAUAACAUGUUUCAUCCUCAUCUCCUGUCAAGAAUGUGUAUCUUCUCUUAUACGUCUCAUUUAUGUGUGAUUCCUUUCCAGUAUCUACUGUGACAAGUUUCAUCCUUAUCUCCGCUCAAGAAGGCGUGUUUCAUACCCUUAGCCUCACACCAGCUGUCAGCAGCUAGUUGUAGUUCUCUGCUAGCUCUUAGUUCCAAGGUCGGACCUGACUCAUUUAGGGGAACUUCUGUAAGCACAGAAUCUCAAAGGGGAGUGAUGAAUAUGUCAGCAAUCAGAGAAGUCAGGACCUUUAAGUGGAUGGCUAAAGUAGUCAGAUAUAUAAUGUAUAUAAACGCAUCCCAUCCUUUGACUUGUGCUGGUCCUUGUUUGAUUAGGAAUGGUCCAAAGCAGCUCAGCUGUCAAUGGUUGAAGAUCCUCUUUCCUGACUUCCGAUCCUCUGGCAAGUCUGUUUGAUAUUGAUAACUGUUCCAUAGCGGUGCUUGACCCGCCACUUGCGUUUCAUUGUGGAAGCUGUCUUGAGUUAUUCUGCUCUGCCACUUCUGGAUCUUUGUGAACUGUGAUCGGAAAAUUUCGCAGACUCUCAGUUGUGACCUCGUUCAGUGGCUGUCUGUUGUUUGAAUCUGUGCAGGAGUCGCCCUGAAGUCGCAGGUGACCUUUCUGAGGCUAUGUAGAAACCGUGAUGACGCCUUUCUACAACAGAAGCCCUUCUGAAGCCUUUUCUCUUAAAUAGCUAAUUCUCUUCACCUGAUCAGCUAACUGACAAUUCAUUGUGACCAAUACCCUGACUAGACAAAGGCACCUGGUAGGAGAGUGGUUACGCUAAUGAGAGAGAGAGAGAGAGAGAGAGAGAGAGAGAGAGAGAGAGAGAGAGAGAGAGAGAGAGAGAGAGAGAGAGAGAGAGAGAGAGAGACCAGACAUGUGCGUCACGGUGCAAGCUAGAGAGAAAAAUUAGUCACUCGCCAGUGCUGAUGCACGAUUACGUGUUGAAUGAGACUGGCAAUUUCUUUAACUGCACAGUAGCCACAGAGAAUUGGUGAGAAUGUACCUUUGUACCAAUGUGUGUAAGUCAGCCCUGUUUUUGUGGAAAUAUCUCUUCAUAGUACUACCUUCAUCAUUGACACAUCUUCCUUAAGCCUAUUACCGUUUGUCUUCUAAUAGUUAUUGUCACGCAAUCACAUAAAUAGCCUUGGCUUAGGAACUGUUACUUUCCUUUCCUACGGCAUAUGUCAUAGGUAUAACAAUGUAACAACUCAACACUAGCAUCUCCAGCAUAAAUUCCUCACCUCACAAUCAUUUUUACCACUACCAGCACACGUAGCCCUAUAAUUCAUUGAUAUUGUCCACCCAUUAUUCCGCCGGCAAGUUACAGUUGUAGUCCCCAAUGAUGGCUGGUUGGAUUAAUUAAGGUCGUCCAUUUGUACUCACUACAUUAUUAUGGAAAAGAUCGAGAACCUCCCCGUGUUAUUCAUAGUAAUUUCCUCUCGCACCGUUGAUGGAAGCAACAGCUCAAGCUUUUUAUGUGAAGACACAAGUGGAUGGUUGAUAGCUAUGGAAGGAAAUAAAAAGAGAAGAGCAUUGAGUAAAGAGUGUAAGGAAUGUGAAUUUAUAGGAAGGCUUAAUGAAAAGGAAAUUUGUAAAAGUUGUGAAGGCGACAUUGAGAGCCAAGCAUCAAGUAAGGAAGUCUGUAAAUACUGCAAGAUAAAGGUUAGUGAUGAUGAAGGUAUUCAGUGUGAUAAAUGUGCAUCGUGGAAUCAUGCAUCUUGUGAAAAUAUGUGUAACUUCAUUAAAAGCACUUGAGAAAGAUGAAAAUAUGUUGUGGUUCUGUAAAACAUGUAACCCACAUAUACUGGCACAACUUGAAGAAGCUGAAAAUUACAAAGUUAAUAAUAAUGAGAUGAAAAAUGAGCUUAAAAUAAUGAGGGAAGAAAAGGAUGAAGCAAUGAAAAAAUAAGCAAUCCAAUGAAGAUAAUUGGUGUUACUGUACGUAAAGUGUAUAUACCUCAUGUAAUCAUAAGUGAAAUGUUCAAUAGUUUUCUACUUGCAUGAAGACAUAUGUAAUAUGUGAAAGUAUCAGUACUCAAUGCUAUAAGAAGCACCAACACAGAUACUCACUUAUUAAUAGAGUGUGGUUAACCUGCUGGUCGCCUGUGGGCGUCACUUACGGCCAAGUCGCGCUCAAAGACAGGCAGGAAGGUGACCGGGGUAAAUACUUUAAUUUUGUAGUAAAAACUGAUUGUCAUAGUGCCAAGUUGAUUAUAUAUAUUGUUAAUGAAUACUGUAAUAUGUUGAAAGUGAUAUCAGUGUAUAAUGUUCUUUUGUAAGAAACUGAGACCGAGAACUUGUUUGCAGUUCUUACGGUCAUGCCUACCUCAUCAAUAAAUGUCAGAGAGAG